CCCAUCAAAAAUCCAUAAAUCUGAAAGUCUUGUGUAAUAAUAAACUUUUUCACGUUUUACUUGUUUGCUAGAAAAGUAAAUGAUUUUGCUCAAAAUCAUACUUUUCAAAAGCAUAGAGGGGUUUGCUAGCCAUGAGGCAAAAUAUUAAAUGUGAGUACUCCUUUUAAAGCUAAUUUUUUUUCACAUUUUAGUAUAACAGCAAAUGAAGAACAGAUUCUGUGAACCCAUCUUCAUAUUCCUAGGGAUUAUUCACAUAAGGAAGAAUUUUGAGAUCUGGAGCUAGUUUUGAAGUGCAUUUAAGUUUAUUAGUCAGAGCAUCUCACGUUAUGUAAAAAGGGUUUGAGGUUGUUUUGACAGCAAAUCCAGCUCUUAUGGGAAAUAAUAUUUUUUACCAUCUUGAAAUUUAUCACUGUUUUGCCUUCCUAAUGCUUCUUCUUUGUUAGAAACAGUUGUUCCUGUGGAAAAAGAACAGCCACCAACCAACACCCCCCCACCCCAACUCUUGUAGGAAUACUUACAAUUUAGCCAAUCUUUCAGAUAUUCAGAAAUGACAAUGAAUCAAAGAAAACUCAAUAGAUCCAUUACUGUUGAGGCCCGAAAUCUUAUUUUAGCUGAGGCCAAAAUACUACUUCUCAUAUAGAAUUUCCUGUCAAUUUCAAUUUCUUUUGCCACUUUGAAUAAAUGAUGGAUAUUUUAAAACUAAUUGCUCUUAGCUCUAAAAGUGAAGCAUGAGGUCAGAGCACACAGUACCGCAGGAAGUGUUCUGCUACCCAAAAUAAAGUUUUAAGUGAAGCAUUUUCAGCUUCUUGUUUUUCUGGACAGUUUCCAGGGUUUUUUUAAUAGGAACACCUUUCUCUGGAGUGCAGCUGAGCUUUUGGAAGCAGUUUGUGAGUGGGAGAAGGAAGAGUUAAGUUUAAGCCCUUUAUAGUUUGCUUAACUUUUCAUUUAUUUAACGUUCCUCAGCAGGUCUGUGCUGCAUCUUGAGACAAAGCAGUGAAAUCACUGUGUUUAUGCCUAAAGUUCAAGUUUACUUUGCUGUAGCUUUCUGGAAGGGUGUGACAUGAAAAGCUUGUGGUUGGGGCCACAUGGUUCAUGCUGGACUGUGUUUUUGUGAAUGGAGGCAGAACUCCAGUUCUGACUGCUUGUCUUGAGGAAUUGCUUCGGAGAUCAGCUGUCUCAUUCACUGGCAGAAAGAAUGACUCAUACAUCUUCUGCCUUGUUUGGCUCCAGGUCAUUGUUACAGUGGAUAGAGCUGGUUUUAAUUAAAUAUUAACUCCUUUUGUCCUGGAUGCUUGUUAAUGGGGACUUUUUGUUUACUUGCAAUGAAAGCAAGCUAACUGGCCCGAGUUCUAAACUUUUUUUUUCCACCAAAUUCUUUCCCUUUGCAAAAUGAGCCGUCAGUUCAGCCUUUCAAAGAGUGUUUAAAGCUCUAAAAACUACAAACAAGUAUUAAGUAUUUUUGUGCUGUGAAUGUUUGCAUAGCUCAGUAGGUAGUGAAACUGUAAAACCUAAACUGAUAACAUCUUCAAGAUCAUCAUUAACGUUUCUGCAUGCUUUCUAAAUCCUCUUGAGACAUUAUAGCUAUAGUCAGAAGAAAAAAAACCCCAACUUUUGGUAAUAUUCUAGGCUGACUUGGAUAGUUUAUGCUGCAGAUGUUGUCUGCUUCAGGAGUCUGAGACUUGAUGGCUCUGAAUGUGGAAUGAACUAAUGUAGCUGCUUCUGCUAUAAGCAGUAAAAGCCACGUGCUUAAUAUCCUUCAAAACCUUUUAUUAGUCUUUCGGAAUAUACUUGCCUUCUCAAACCUCCAUAAUUAAGUAGCUCAAGGAAAUGUUCUCAUUCAGAUGGGGGAUCAUUUCAGAUAUCUUUUUUCAAUUUCCCUCUGAAUGGCAAAGUUAAAAAAAAAGGUUUUGGUGAUUUAUGCAUUGUGUCUUUUGUAUGUUAACAGAAGCUUUUAUGGCAGCUUUGCUAAGUUGCAGUAUUUGUGAAUAAAAGAGGAAAUGAAUGGCCUAUGUAUAUAAAUGUGUAGACAGUUGUGACACUGCAAGUUACAUUUUCCUUUCAGAUAUUCAUGUCAAAGUGUCUUUACCUGUCUAUUUAAUUUGCUGCAAAAUCUACCUGUAGUUAUCCAAAAUCCAGGUACAAAAGCCCUCUUCUGCUUGAGCAAUGGGAUGAUGUAUCCCAAUGAUACAGCAUCUCACAGCGAGAUGCUGGUGGAAGGAGUCUCUAUGACAAUGAGUGCUUGCAUUUCAGCAGUAUGAUCAUGUGCAAGUUUCAGUUCUGCUUGUCUAAGAAUAAUACCAGAUUAAGUGAAGAAACAAUUUAAGUUCUCCUUUCCACCAGUUAGCAGGUCCUUUUAAUUUCUCUGUAUAGUCUUGUGGGCUCUUUUGUAAGGUACUGAUGCUGCUAAAUUUACAAUCCAGUUGGAAAUGCAUGUUCCUUGUUUGAAUGUUUUGGAUGCUGUUAUUUGUUUUGUUUAUAUUUAGCAGGGUUUUAAACACUUCUUUACUUGCUGUGUUCCUUUCUCUACAGAGGCUUUUAAGGCUAUGUUAAUAUUGCAUUUAAACUAAAUUUUGACAGCAUAGUCUCCACCUGUUUCUAGAGUACUGAUAAAGUGAUGUGCUCUGUCUCUAUUAAAUAUGCCCUCAUAAAUUUUGGGGAUCCAUGAAUGAAGUACAUUAUUCUUGUUUAUUCCGUAAACAAGAGCAAAUCAGGGGUAAUGGCAGUAAUGUAGUGGUUUCCAUGACACUUCAACCAGAUAUAUUUUAUUUUUUUCUUACUUUAUGGCUGGAAAAAAAAAGGACCUUCCUUACUGGUAUAUACAUAAAUCUAUACAACAGAUUUUUUCUGGACUAAGUCAAAUUAAACUGAUAAAACCAGAAUGAAGCACUGGUGAAGGUGUCCAGUGCACAGAGGAUGCUCUCUGGAAAGUUAUAUGAGAUUUCUAUCCCUGUUCUGCAACCACUAAAUGUAGCCUCUUUAUUUAAACAGAAGGGGGUUUUGUUUUCUUUGAGGCUUUUAAAGAUAUCCUAGAUUCACAAAUUUAUAUAUAUAUUUCUACAUAUACAUGUAAAUAUAAAAUGCAGGUGCAUGUUAAAAAAAUGAAUUCUGCUAGCCUCCUUGCUGCGUUUGAAAAUGAUAAGUGACUUAAGAAAAAUGUGUGGGAUGUAUCUUCUAAACAAGAAGUUACUUGACUCAAUUACGUUAACUCUGAAUGUGCUCGCAGAUGCUUCCAAAACAAGUGGAAGUAUAAGAAAUCUUAGGAGCUGAUUUUUAAGCAGAAGACCUUGAUUUCAUAAUCAGAUUUUUCUGUGACAGUCAAAUAGUUGGCAUUUUUGUAAGGGAAAUGCCGAACAUUCAUGUGUAGUCAAUUUCUGAAAUGUCAGAAAUUGCGGAGUGUUAGUAUUUGGGCUCACCCUGUCCCUGAGUUCAUUCUUGGUAAAACUUUUGUGGUUUCUCUGGAAGAAAGAGAAAUUGGAUGCAUCAACAGACUGAAAAUAUUUUUCAGUAGUGUUUUAUACAGCUUCAAACUUUGAGGAGCCAAUAUGUCCUCAGAGGUACUUGUUUAUUCUAAAAGGAUGGGUUACUGUCAGGUUUGAUUUUGUUCGGUAUUUUUUUUAAUUAGAAACCCAAACAACAAAGCAAUAGUGGCUAUGCUUUUUUUAUCAAAGUAAGGCUAAUUACACUUAGUGUAUUUAUCCAACUCAUACUUCUUUUCAAAUCUGCAUUUAUACAUUUCCAAAGUCAUUUGUUUUAAGGGGUAUUUGCUGCAGUUAAGACAGCAGGAUUUGAAAUUUAUUUUAAAACUCAGAGCAAAUAAUUUUUCAGUAUUAUGAGCCUGAUUCUGAACUCUUUACCCAGGAAAAAAAACUUCCAGUUAAGUCAUUAGAAAUAUUUCCUGAGUAAAGGAGUGGAGAUCUGGUCCAUGAAGAGCACUGUAGUGCACAUUCAAAAUAAUUCUCAGGUACCUGACAAUGACGAGCAGUUUGUGCCAGACUAUCAGGCUGAAAGUUUGGCUUUUCAUGGUCUCCCUGUGAAAAUCAAGAAGGAACCCCAUAGCCCAUGUUCGGAACUUGGCUCCGCUUGCAGUCAAGAGCAACCAUUCAAGUUCAGUUAUGGGGAAAAGUGCCUGUACAAUGUCAGUGCCUAUGAUCAGAAACCACAAGUGGGAAUGAGGCCCUCCAACCCACCGACGCCAUCCAGCACUCCUGUGUCUCCGCUGCACCAUGCCUCCCCAAACUCCGCGCAGACUCCUAAACCUGACCGCGUUUUCCCUGCCCACCUCCCUCCAUCCCAGUCCAUUCAAGACAACAGCUUCCCUAUGGAUCACAGAUUUCGCCGCCAGCUCUCUGAACCUUGCAAUUCUUUCCCACCUUUGCCUGCAAUGCCAAGGGAAGGACGUCCAAUAUAUCAGCGCCAGAUGUCUGAACCAAACAUCCCUUUCCCGCCUCAAGGUUUUAAGCAGGAGUACCACGAUCCAGUUUAUGAACACAAUGCUAUGGUUGGCAGCGCAGCCAGUCAAAAUUUCCCCCCUCCUCUGAUGAUUAAACAGGAACCUAGGGAUUUUGCAUAUGAUUCAGAAGUGCCUAGCUGCCAUUCCAUUUACAUGAGGCAAGAAGGCUUCCUGGCUCACCCAAACAGAACAGAAGGCUGUAUGUAUGAGAAGGGACCUAGGCAGUUUUAUGAUGACACUUGCGUUGUUCCAGAGAAGUUUGACGGUGAUGUCAAGCAGGAGCCGGGCAUGUACCGCGAAGGACCCACGUAUCAACGGCGAGGCUCGCUCCAGCUCUGGCAGUUCUUGGUAGCUCUUCUUGACGACCCAUCCAACUCUCACUUCAUAGCAUGGACUGGCCGAGGCAUGGAGUUCAAGCUGAUUGAGCCAGAGGAGGUGGCACGUCGCUGGGGGAUUCAGAAAAACAGGCCAGCUAUGAACUAUGAUAAACUUAGCCGAUCGCUUCGCUACUAUUAUGAAAAGGGAAUCAUGCAAAAGGUGGCUGGAGAAAGAUACGUCUACAAGUUUGUUUGUGACCCUGAAGCGCUUUUCUCCAUGGCUUUUCCCGACAACCAGCGCCCCUUACUGAAGACUGACAUGGAGCGCCACAUCAAUGAGGAGGACACUGUGCCUCUGUCCCACUUCGAUGAGAGCAUGGUCUACAUGCAGGACGGAGGCUGCUGCAACACCCACCCCUACAACGAAGGCUAUGUCUAUUAACAGCACUGACACUGAAGGGGUGUUUCUCCCUCCCCUUAAGCUUCUCCUCUUUCCCAAGACCCAGAGGAAAGCUGAAUCGACUUCAGUUUGUUUUUUAAAUAGUACACUAAAAGGGGCUUUUCCUGUUGCAUUACUCCUAUGGUCUGCCAUGGACAGCGCACUUUAUUUGAAAGGGGAGGGUUGGAACCUAAAUGUUAUUCUGUGUAAAAGGAGGAGAAGGGUGGGUUUGCUUUUUACUUAAGUUUGGGAAGGGAACAUACAGGUUUUAAGUACAAAAAAAAGCUAUAUCAUGUCUGUUUUGUUUCAUAUCAGCAUAAGAUAUUGUACAUUUUCUCUGGGUAUCCGUAGUACAGUUAAUUCUCAUUGUGCAAAAUAACCACUUUUGAUGAUGAUAUCAGCACAGCAUGCCUAGGGCAUUUGUCUUGCCAUUCUUAAUUAUCUUUCUGCAGUUAUAAAAGAGAAGCAAAUCAUAUACCACAGCAUUUAAUUUAGAAGUUUCCAGUGGCAGAUCUUGUACCUUGCCUCUGAGAACAACCAGAUAAUUCUCCUAAGGUGGUUUCUUUUUUUUUAAUUUCUUCUUUUUGUUUUUGUUUCUUUUGUGUAUGACCUCAAAAAAAAAAAAAAAAAAAAGGCGCUAUUUAAUGACAGACUAAGUACAGUGACCAAGCAGUGAAAUCCCUGACUUCAGACUGCAAGCUGCAUUCUGUAUCUGGUGCCAUAUUGUUAUACAUAUAUGGCCCAUAUGGUAUGGCGUUGAUUUUUCAAGAUCCAUUUGAGGGUAGUAAUUACAUGGAGUAGGCUUUCUGACGAUCAUGUCAGCAUUAAAUACAGGAUCAUGAUCAGGAGGGAGAAAACAUUUUGUAUCCUUCCAUUUCCUUUGGUACAUAAAUAAGUUAUUUAAUCAAUAGGAAUUAACUGUACUAAGUCACAUAUCUAAUUAUGCUGUUUAGACACAGCAAGCACUCCUUGAGAAAAAUAUCCAAUACACUAAAUAGGUACUUUAGUAAUUUUUAGACACGGUACCCAUUAAUAUGCAUUUAAACCUUUUACUGCUGUGUUAUGUUGAUAACAUAUAUAAAUACUAGAUAAUGCUAAUGCUUCUGCUGCUGUCUUUUUCUGUAAUAUUCUCUUUGAUGCUGAAUUUACUAUGACCAUUUAUAAGCAAUGCUGUAACUACAGGUAGCAUUUCAGGACAAAAUAGAUGACUUGAACCAUUUAUUGCUUAGAAAAUAGCUUACGCCAUAGCUGUGCUAUAAGCAGCUUUUAUGCGCAUCCACAAAUGACUAGUAAGCUUCAGCUUGCUAAGGAAAGCUCUGCAGAACCUUUUGUAAUUUUUGGUGGAACAGAGAUGAACUGUCAAAGAAUACCAUGAAGUUGCUGUAUGAUGUUGUAGUGCUGGCACUGGUGUUACCAAUCAACUUGUUUUGGACACUAAAUGUAAAUGUGAUCAGAUAUGCUCAGAAGACAAUUUAAAUUUUGAGGGGUUUUUUUUGGUUGCUUUGUUAUUUUUUCAAAUUGUUUUAUUUUUUGAGAGGGGUUACCUUGAAUACAAACAUGUGCUAUUCUGUAUGUAAAACAAAAACAAAAAGUGGCAAAACCCCAGAAGUUUAAAAUAUUUAUGAGCACCUUUUUUGAAAUACAAUAAUUCAUAGUCUGAAGGGAUGGAGAGAGAGGUAAGAAUUGGAUCUCAUUUUGCCCAGUGAAAUUUAAAUAGGUACUAUAUGAAGUACUUCAUUUUCCUAGAUUGUCAAGAAGUGGGAGAAAAAUAUAUACAUAAACAUAAAAAAACCAAGAAUUAUUUUCAUCAUAAUGAAUGGAUUUCAAAGACAGUCCUAGGUGGUGGGUUAAUCUUCCAUCCUUUGACAGUUAAGACACUACUUAAGUUAUGAAUAUUUUAAUACACAUUUAAUCAAAAGUAAAGAAGUAGUGGUCACUAGAAACCACAGGUGCAUAAAAAGCAUUUGGGCAGGUAUUUAAUUUACCUAGAUCCAUGAGACAACAUAUUUUAUGAUAUAUGCCUUAAUAUGCCACCUAAUUCUGUCAUCCAUAGGUCUCAAUGGCACUUAAAUAUUUGGUAAUCAACUGAGAAAAAGAAGCCUAAAAUUGCAGAACUAGCAAAAAGGAAAGGGAAAAUGUUGAGUAAUAUUGUUUAAAAAAUUGUGGUUCCCAUUGAAAUAAGGUUCAAAUGAAACAUGCUUUGAUGAAAAGU